GGAACGGAUAGAGAUGAUUGGACGAAAAUAAGACUAUUAAUUUCGACAGGAGAAACUCCAUGUGGACAGAAGCCAAGAUCGUUUUCAGCUUUCCGAAUCAUCUGCUUUUACAGCAACUGCAUGUCUAGCUCUGCAUCGGAAGCCCAAAGCUCACAUAAGGUUGACCAACGACGGCCCAAACGCAAAGUUUUGAAGCUUUCGGAAUUCCUUCAUUCUAUUGAACACCUUCCCGUUCAGAUUCUCCAGUGGCGCCCUCUAAACCUCUGUAUUCUGCUAGCUGGCGCCGUUGUUUGCAAACACGCUCUAUUAUUGACAUCUCAUUCGCGACCAAAUCAUGAUCAUGAGCGAAUGCCAUGUGUUAUCAUAUUAAACGUGUUGCCAAGAAAGGGCUGAGACGCGGGUCGAGUCUCUCUAAGUUGAGCAGCCAUGGGCCUGGAUUUCGAUGUUUGUUUUGUCCGAAGGUCGGCAUGAGCUGGGCUGAAAUGUGGCGCACCUACUAUAGAAGCGGGCGCUCUUGGAUGAGGAUUGCUACUGAAUUUUAUUUUCAGCUACACGCAUUCCACACAUGAGUCUUGGGAGUAAUCUCUCAGUGUAGUGGUCUGGUAUAAGAUUCCAUCAUGUCUUCAUUUCGUCCACCUGUCCUGGUUACAGGACAUCCUAUCUGUUUUCAUCAGGAUGAAAGGCUACCUUCUCUCGGCAAUUGUAGCAUUGCUGGCUCACACCAAUGCUCACCCUCAGACAUUUCCGGUUUGUAUCGUUGGAGCUGGACCUGCCGGCCUGACUGCCGCCAAGAAGCUUGAGGAUAAAGGACGAAAGGUUGUGAUAUUCGAGAAACAAGAUGAAGUAGGAGGGAAAUGUCAAGCUGUCUACGAGGCUGGACAACGCUGGUUGUAUGAUGUUCCGACUGGUAAUCUCGCCUUGUCACCCGCUAUCUCAUCAGGAUUUGCAGCACUUGUGGGCCAGGAAUUCCAAAGAUACGCUGUGUAUUGGAACACCAUCUUUGCUCCUUAUUCCGCGUUGAGAUACAAGAAUGGUGUGCCACAAGAGCUGACUGUGACUACCUCACAAUGGCUAGCAAGCAACAAUUUCCAAGCUUUGCCAGUUCUGUUUAUUCAAGCGAUGGUGGCCUUCGGCUAUGGGGAUCUAAGAGAAGUUCCGAUUCUCUACAUGCUUCAGUAUUUGACACCAGAUAUCCUCGGGUUCUUUGCCCAAAUUCACGGUGUUUAUCUCAUUGACUUUCACAAAGUGUGGGUAGAUUGGACAAAGAAGUCAAUUAAAGGACCAAUAUACCUUCGCAGUAAAAUAAACAAAAUUGACCGAUCGGGACCAUUUCCAAAAGUAUCCUACCACCAAGGCCGCAAGGACAAACGCACAACGAGAUCUAGGACCGAAAAUCAACUGUGCUCCUCAAUCAUCCUCGCCUUCCCGCCCACCAUCGCGGCUCUCCAAGCAGCAAACCUCAAACCGACCGCCGAAGAAGUCUCUGUGUUCUCACCGCUUCGGCUCACAUCUUACUUCUCCGGCGCGGUCCGUCUCAAAACACCACGGAACCUGACUUUCAGCGCCGCCAGUCCACCCACAGUACCGGUACCAGCAACAGGGGCACCAGUGUCCCUGCUCCAUCUUUUCAAUACCUCGGAUAUCGCAACCACUUGGUCAUGGGGCAAUGGUACUUCCACUGCCGUUGCUCGACAACUACUCAAAGAAACUUUGUCAAGAAUCAACAAGGACCCCACAGAUCCCAACGCCGUAGCCAAGCCAGUGACGGACAAAGAUAUCUUGGGAUUUCAGCCGAAUGAUUACUUCCCUCAUUUCGAUCCAGCAGAACUAGCGGGGGGUUGGUAUGACAAGUUCAAUAAACUGCAAGGAGUGAAGAAGACGUAUUUUGCGAGUGGCUUGAAUGGGUUUGAGACUGUGGAAUUUGCUAUUCGGGCUGGUAGUGAGAUUGUACAUACGUUUUUUUGAAUAAAGGGGUAUCCGGUAAGAGAAUUGGCUUGUUAGACUCUGCUCUUGUUGUUUCCUCAUGCUGCCGAGACAACAGGUUUCGAGGACGCAGUGAGCUGAUAAUAGUAAAGAGACGUUAGCUGGCAAUGUAAAUGGGUUAAGAUGGUAGAUAAAUAUGCUAGAUUGAAUAUACCCGAAUCGCUUUCUCGUGGACUCAAAAAACAAACCUUCAUAACAAGCUCAAAGUCGAUCAUGCAGAAGGAUACUUUUCGCAUCAUGAUUGGCAGAAUCGUCUUCCCAACUCUUCAAGCAUAUCUGAUUAGAAUUACCCAUUUUUAUUCUUGAAAGUUUUGUCGAAAUGGUUUGCGAUCAUGCUCGACUAAAUUGUUUA